AUGGCCACUACCUCUCAUGAACACACUCCCAACCCGGACUCUGUUGGCCUUAGUCACUCGAUGAGCUUCUUCCCAGCGGAUCCGCAUACGAUGAACUCGCCGCCGCUGGACCUGCACUUUACUUCACGCUCCCACGACUCGGACUCGGCCGCUCUCGAAGAUUUUGACGCAGCAUUGUUUGGCCAUCCAAACCUACUGGACUCGGCUCUUGGUCUACAGCACCCUAUGCUUGACCCCCGCCGUGGUAUUCUCAUUUCCACACCAGAACACGAUAUCUUGACCACUACCAUGUCUGCGAACACGAUUAAUGAUCAUCAACAGACUGCCUUGCGGUCACAACCUGGAUCACAGCCACGAACUAUGUCUGGCAAACAGACCGAUGUAUCAUCAUCUCCACUCCAGUUACAGUUUAUUAUUGGCCCCGAGUGCUCUCGCUUGGAGGACUCUCCUACCCACAUUCCUUCUGCUGCCUCUCUUUACCAAGUUGUACAUCCGAAUGUCGACGACGUAAUUGUCAACUUCGAUACCAAGUCCAAGUCGUUCCCUCGGAGAACCAAGGCUCAAUGCGCCAAUCAGAUCGACCCCUACGCUGAACAUUUCCUUCGUCACCGGUUAGGCGAGGACAAAUGGCAGACAUUCUCAUCCCGUCUCUUCGAGCGCAGACUCGGAGCCACACGCAACCGAACGCGCCCAUCGAGACCGAGACGCCUUUCGGACGGAUCUGAAACCCGUGAAACCAAAUCGACUGGUGCAAGCGCAGUCGACUUCUUAGUAAAGGUCGAAGUUGUCAAAGAAGUGCUCAGGACCUUCGUUCCCCAUCCUUAUAACCCAAUCAAAUCCCUUUCCCACCCUUAUAAUGACGCCCCUUCGGGCUCGGUAACUCUUACACGCAACACAGUACUCGCCCUCUCGGGCUGGUCCAACACUCAGUUCUCUUACUGGGCUCGUCGUGCCGAAGCUGUUUCUGUGCUUGCCUCCCACGACGACCGUCUGCGAGCUGUCGCAUGUGCGUUGGAACGGCGUCUGCAUCCAAACAAGUACACCGACUCUCCGAUCGAAGAGGACCAUGUUACCGGCAAAGGCCUUGAUGCCAUCGUCGACGAUGUAAAAAAGCGCACUGGUGCUAGCCAGUUCCUUCGUGGAAAACACUCUAGCUUGGACCCAUUCAGUACUGUGUCACCUGGUGCCGACUCUUCCUCGGACGAUGCUGAUGAUGUCACACAAUCUCCGGUAACCCCGCAUAUGGGGAUAUCUAGCUCUUCGUACCCUCUUUUAUGUUCUCCUGGAUCCCCAUUCCAUUCUCGCCAACCUCUGCCUGCCGAAACUUACUCCCCCAUCUCGGCAACUUGUUCUUCUCCAUCUUCCAGUUCGUCCCCAAUGUUUAUGCUACAUGACGUCGACGCUCUUGGCCUGGGCGGGCUCGGCUUCGGCUUCGAACCCAACGUCGGAAGCACUCCUGUCGGCCUAAACCCAGCCAACGUAAUUGGCCUUAAUGACGAGCCGAAGAGAGAUUGGCCCGGUCUUCCACUAUCGGACGAACGUGGCGUCAAACGCACGUGGGAUGACAUGCUGCAUAUCGGAAGCGGCAAGCGCGUACGAACGGAAGAUGAGAACGAGACCGGAGUUUAA